AUGAUCCCCCUCAAGCGAAAGCUCCAUGCGGGCCAUGGAAUCAUCCAAUAUCUCACCAAGCGCAUCAAAGGGCACCGGCCAGAAGAACAUCCUGGCAUCUCCCACGCCGGGCUCUUUGAAAAGCUGCCACCUGAGCUGAUCGAGCUCAUCGCCAACUCUUCGGACGCUCGCGGUGUUUGCGCUCUCCGACUGACCUGCACCUAUAUCAACAACUCCACUCUGCACACCUUUGAGAGCAACUACUCGGUCCAAACUAUCCGGACCGACUUCUCAAAGGACUCUUUCAAGCGUCUCACCGACUUAUGCAAGAUGAGACACCUGGCUGUGAAGGUCGAAACGGUGCAUGUUACAGGGCGCGUCAAUUUUAGCUAUCUCGGAAAAGGAUUCAAGUGGAAGCACACGGAUGGGGACGAGAUGACCCUGAUAGAUGAUCAGAGUGCCGUCACCGAGUGGUGUGCACUUUUUCUGCAGCUGGUCAACUGCGGGAACUUUAUCAUAUCGGGGUUCGGUCAAAAUGCGGCGAACAUAGACCUAUUGAGCAAAGGAGACGCCCUGAUGCUCCUCUUUUAUAUCAUCGGUGCGGUCGACAUACCCGUCAAGUCAUUCCGGGUCGAGGGGACUGAUUCGCGAGACCUUCAGCGGACUGGAUACUUCGAAAAGCCGCGAUUUCGCAACGCAUGGGCAACCGUCGAAUCCUUAGAGUUUCACAGGGUGGAUCCAUCGCGUCCGGUAUAUGCAUUUUUUGCGCCCUUGGUCGCCUACGCAACCUCUCUGAAGAGGCUGAAGAUUGACGACUACCUCGAUGUGCACACAAUGAACUUCAUUGGGCGCGCUACCCUCACUUUGCAGGAGCUUCAUCUUACACAGCGCUGGAAUAUCGCAGGGCGACUUCCAGCACAAUGUUGGACGGCCUGGGAUCUUGAGGGUCGCGCUGGGUAUCUGCGAAAACUCCAUAUCCUCCGCCUAGCAAUGGAGGGAGGGGCAAGUUGGAUUCCCUUCCUUAGCAGCUUGAGGCAACACCACACAAGUCUGGAGGAGAUCACAAUCAGCGGAUUUUACACAGGGGGUACGGUAAAACGCUGGCUUCACUUUCCAGCUAUAGCCGUUGAUCCCGUUGUUGAUCCGGCGACGGGAUCAGAGUUUCAGUAUCGGUGUUGGAGUGAGGGCUGGGGUCCUGGUCGUCCGCUCUGCAUGUAUGUCAAGUAUGCCGGCCCCAGGAUGGGUAUUGCGCUUCAGAGGCUUGAGGCGACUGCGCAGGAGGGUUAG